AUGUCCCUCGAACACGGUAAUUUAGAUAGAGUAUAUGUUGCUUCUUUAUUGUUAGGACAUGUAAAAUGCAACCCAUCGUACGGAAUCAAGCAUGUCAUCCAGACUGUGAAAGACCAUACCGGAUACGAUAUAGCAUAUCAAAAGGCAUGGUACAGUUUGAAAAUGGCACGCGAGAUGGUUUAUGGCACAUGGGAGAGCUCCGUUCAAAAGCUACCCAAAUACUUGGGAGCUCUCCAAAAAUAUAAUCCAGAAACGAUUGUUGAAUGGCAACAUAAAGCCCACGACACAUCAACCGGUGCAUAUGUGAUAGGGUACGUAUUCUGGGCGUUCAAGUCGUGUAUUGAAGGGUUCAAACACUGUCGCAACCUUAUCAGUGUACUUCCUCUUGCUUUUGCAAUUGUCGAUGAAGAAUCACUUUUAUCUUGGAAGUGGUUUCUUAGACAAUUGAGCAGACACAUUAUACGAGGGCAAUGGGGUAUCUGCCUUAUUUCUGACCGCCAUGCUGGUAUCACAAGAGCUGUACGUGAAUGUCCGGAUUUCGUGCCACCUAACGGCGUGCACCGAUAUUGCUUGCGGUAUGUGUGUUCCAAUUUCAACAGUAAAUACAAAAAUAUUGUGUUGAAGGAUCUUUGUUGGAGAGUUGGCUCUGAAUAUCAGAUCAGAAAAUUCAAUCGCAUAAUGGAGGAGAUAAAGAGCCAGUCCCUCGAGGCGUUUCAGUGGUUAGAUAGGAUCGACAAGGAAAAAUGGACAGCAUCACAUGACGGUGGAUGGCGAUGCGGAAUUCUGACGACAGAUAUGUCGGAAUGCAGAGUAUUGAAAGGGGCUCGCCGCCUACCGUUGACAGCAAUUGCUGAGAUGACGUUUCAGCGAAGUGUCCAUUAUUUCCGUGAGAGGUUAGCAAGAAGUACUGUAAUGUUGACUAACAACCAACUGUGGACGGAUUUUGCAUAUAAGAUGUUCACACGUUGGCAUCAAAAUUCUAUUGAACAUACCGUCACCAAAUACCAUCAGUUCCAACAGUCCGCCUCGGUUGUUACAAGACGUCACGGUGGACAUGGAGUCAACACCCAUGUUGUCAAAAUUGCGAACCGAGAAUGUUCUUGCGGCAAAUGGAGUCAAUUUGGUAUACCUUGCAGUCACGCUCAAAAGGUAUGCGCUGCAUUCAUGAUUAAUGCUGCAUCAAUGGUGAAGGAUUAUUACAAUAUAAUGACUUAUAAGAAUACAUAUUCUAAGUCAUUUGAACCUGUACAUUUCAAAGAUUAUUGGGAUGUACCGAGAUUUGAGUUGGUCCACGAUCCUACUAUUCGCAUCUCUUCGCGCCCUGGUUGA